AUGUCUUUGGGCCUGAUGCAGAGUCUUAGAACAGCAGCUGUACUGGAGGACUGUGUCCACCAGUUGGACCUACUGGGACACUGUCUGACGGUGCAGAUCAGCAGAGACCAAAGGGCCACACCUGUACAGGAGGAAGACAGACUGAUAAGGAUGAAAAUGGAUUGUCAGUUCAUCUCGCAGCAAAUGUCCAAACUGUCUUCUGAGCUGGAGGGGAAGCAGAGUUUCAGUUGUCUGCUGCAGACUGUGGAGAAAAAGGAAAAGAAACGCAACGAGAAGACGAUAAAAACACAGAUACGUCUGGAACUCAUAAAGCAGAUGGAACUGAGACAGAGGAUUCAAACCAAACUGGACACACUAAAAGAAAUAAACUUUGUCUGGAAAGAACUGAAGGCCAAAGCAGUGACAAAGAAGGCUGAGAUGAAGAACGCUGAAGAGGAGCUGAAGAAAAAGAUCUUGGAGGAGGAGGCCAGGCAGAAUGAGAACCAGCAGACAAAGACCUGGAAGGCCCAGAUCCAGCAGGCUGAGACCAGGCAACUUGAGAACAAGUUGCAGGAACAGCUAGAGCUGCUGCAAAAACAGCUGGAAGAAGAAGAAAGCGCUCAUUUGGAGUCAUUAAGAUUCUUACAUAAUCAGCACAAGGAAAUGCAGCAGCAGCUGAACAUCUGGAAGCAGCAAACCAAGCAGAUGCUGCAGGACAAACAGAAGCAUGUUAACAGCAUCCUCUGCAAAAGAUCAGUGAACAUAGACAUACUGAUGGAGAUGAGGAGGAAGUUCAGGGAGAUGGAGCAGGUGGUGAUUGAGGACAAACUGGAGCAGGAGCAACUAUUCCAGCAGGAGGCAGAGGCCAGAGCUGCUACAAAGCUGCAGGCCUGGUGGAGAGGCUGCAUGGUCCGCCGAGGUCUCAGAGCGUCGAAGGAUGCCGACAACAAGAAAUAUAAGAAGAAGAAAGUGAAGAAAUGA